AUGGCAGUGCCCAAAAUCAUACGUGGUGGCCGUUCGUCCGUCGAGAAGCCGGAGACUGAUCGUAUCGAACAACUUUACGAUACAUCCAGCCAGACCAAGCAACCGCUACAGAACGAGGAUGGAGAAACAGUCACCAUCACCUUGAAGACCUGGUUUGUCAUCUUCAUCCUAUCUUCGACAUUUGGCCUCUCCUUCUGGCCAGUCCCUACGACAGCAGCUAUGAUGGCGAAGCUAGCAAUACAAUUCGGAUUGCCUACCGCAAGUGCGUGGUUCGUACCAGCAUACACGACAGCCAAUGCCAUCGGCUUCUUGCUGGCUGGGGCAAAUUCGGAUCUAUUUGGACGCCGAUUGUUUCUGUUGUUCGGCAAUGCAUGCUGCUGCGUUGGUUUCAUCAUCACCGCGACAGCAAAGGGUGCAGAUCAUUUCACUGCUGGUCUGGCGAUUACUGGAUUUGGAGCAGGCUUCGCACAAAUGGCUAUGUGCAGUAUCCCUGAGCUUCUACCCAACAAGUUCCGACAUAUCGGAAUUUGUCUCUCGGAUGGCUUUGUGUUCCUUAUCGUGAUCAUCGGUCCCAUUGUUGGUAGGUACGCCAUCGAUGUAGGUGCCUGGAGGUAUGUGUACUGGGCCGGUUUCAUCGCUCAAUUGUUUUCCCUUGCCGGUAUUUUUGCCUUCUACAAGCCGCCCAAGCACCCCAAAGGUGUUCCAUGGCACGAAGCAUACAAGGGAUUGGACUAUGUCGGCACAGCACUCAUCGUUCCUGGCAUAGUCCUCGCACUAGUUGGAAUCAUCAGUACGACAUACAAGCCAAGCUCAGACGUUACUGUGAUCGCCCCCAUGGUCGUCGGAUUCGUCCUCAUCGCUGCAUUUGGCGUGUGGGAAACCCUGUCCAACACUCGGUUCAAGCUUUGCCCGCCACAUCUCUUUCGAAGCCACAAGGGAAGAGAAUUCACUGCGCCAUUCAUCGUUGCAUUUAUUGUAACGAUGUUUUAUUACAGCGUUAACAUCAUCUGGCCUACUAUGGUCAAUGUAUUUUACAUUGGUCCUGGUGUAUCGCGUAGCACAGAGCUACUGCUAACUCUACCUCCGAACGUCGGUCUCGUCUUCGGAUCACUCUGUUUGAUGGCGUUUGGAAACGCGAUUGGUCACUGGAAGUGGAAUCUGGCCGGAACUUGGUUUGGCAUGGUCCUAUUCGGAGCACUGAUGGGCCUUGUUACUCCUUUCAACCAGCCCAUGAUGAUCGCUUUUUGUUGCAUCAAUGCGAGCUUCUUCGGGUGGGCACAAUAUGAGUCGAUUGCCUUCACACAACUUGGCGUGCCUCAAACGGAUCUUGGCUUCAGCGGAGGUCUGGCAGGAAUGGCGCGAUACGCAGGAGGUUCGCUUGCUCAAGCUAUCUAUACCACCAUCCUGGCAAACACUCAGUCAGCUCGUGCUGCGAUAACCGUUCCAGCUGCAGCCAUUGCUGCGGGAAUGUCUCCAGAGAACGCCCAGUCUCUGCUGGCAGCAUUUCCUCUUGGUUCAGCAGCCAUCGCUCAGGUACCAGGAACAACACCAGAAGCAGUCGGCGCUGCCUCUCUCGCGUUCCAAUGGAGCUAUGCACAUGGACUCAAGAUUGUUGCACUCAGCUCAUUGAGCUUUGGUAUCAUUGGGCUGCUCUGCAUCUUGUACUGUGAAGACAUAACACCCAAGAUGACGAAUAAGGUCGAGAUCUUCCUAGAGAAUGAUAUCUAUGCAGAGAAGAACGAGUUUCAUUGA